CCGGAUUCCUCCUGCAGAGGCUCGUCCCAAGCAGCCCCCUGCCACCCAUGCUGGGGAGCUGAGCAGAAAUUGGAAAUCUAGUCCGGACAGUUUCACCAGGAGGGGUUCCGAGUUCACAAUCUGAAGGUUGCAGUUUCCUCUAAUGCAAUGACUCAGCAGCCCCAGGAUGAAUUUGACACAAGUGUGGAGAAUGCAGAAGCUUGGAUGAAAGCCAUCCAGGAGAGACUGAGGAUCAAUGACAACACCAAGGGACCUCGGUCUGCCCUGGAAGCCAGGCUAAGAGAGACUGAGAAAAUUUGUGCAUUGGAGCCAGAAGGUCGAUUGAAAAUGGAUUUGGUCCUGAUGAAAGCAGAUGCCCUUCUUCGCUGCAUCAGCGAGGAGGAAAAGCAUGAGAUACUAUCCAAACUGAAAGACAUUAAAGCCAUGUGGGAAGAAACAGCCAUCUACAUUACUCAUUGCCACAGCCGUAUCGAAUGGGUGUGGCUGCACUGGAGUGAAUACUUGAAAGCCCAGGAUGAGUUUUACGCCUGGAUUCAUAACAUGAAGGUUACCUUGGAGCCUGACAUAGAGCUGCAGCUCGGUUUAAAGGAGAAGCAAUGGCAGCUGAGCCACUCCCAGGUUCUGCUGAACGAUGUCCUAAAUCAGUCAGUCCUGCUGGAAAGGCUGCUGGAGGAAGCUGCUUCCUUGUUUAACAGGAUAGGUGACCCGAGUGUCGAUGAGGAUGUCCAGAAGAAGAUGAAGGUGGAAUAUGAAGAAAUAAAGGCAGAAGCUCAGUGCAGAGUGAAAUUGCUUGAAAAGAUAACGAAGGAACAUGAGCAAUACAAGACCAGCGUUGACCAAUUUCAAUUGUGGCUGAAUGGUGUGACUGAAAGAUUGAACUGCUGCAUUGGAGAAACAACAAAGUUGCCAGCAGACAACGGGCUAAAGACAUUGCAGAACAUUGCCAAAGAUGUCAAUCGUGGUGAAAAGAAAUUGAAAUGCCUGGAGGUUCAGUCUACAGGGGUGAUCCAGAACACCUCCCCCCUAGGAGCUGGGAAGAUGAAGGAUGAGUUGGAGGAGUUGAGGAAAGCCCUGGAGAAGUUGAAACUAAUAUGUGUUGAGGAAGAGGAGAGAAUGCAUAAGAUCCUUAAGUCAGAAAGUGCCUAUCAGUCCCAAGCCAGACAGUUGGAAGCAGAAGUCCAGGAAUUCAGAAAGAUGCUACAAAGACUAGAAGAUGACCUGGAGUCAGGGGAGAAGCCAAAGAGUGAAGAGGACUUAGUAGCUCUGUGGAGAAAAUACAUCGCAACAAGAGCAGCGCUUGCCGCAGAAGAGUCAAAGGUUGAGAGACUGAAGGCUCAGCUUAAGGAAUUGUUCCGGUUUUCACAGAAUAUACAACCACUCUCUGACGGUGUUGUAGCCGCAAUACGGGAAUAUCAAAGGGUCAAGGGAAAGACAUUUAAAAUGAGCACUGGAACUGAAACUGAGCUCAGGCAGAGUUUUCAAAAUCCACUGCGAGAGUUCCAGCUGUGGAAGCCAUCAGCUCAGAGACUUCUGGACUCCACUGCUAACGUUGCUGAGCCCUCCCUGACACAUGCUUUCUUACUUCAGAUUGAGGCAUGCCUGGCUCAGAGCUCCCAAUUCAAGGAGCAAUUGAUGAUGUUACAGCUGAAGAAGGAUUUGCUAAGCAGUAUCUUUGGUGAGGAGAGAGCAAAGUCUCUCCUCGUGGAAGUAACCGAUACGGCAAAGGAGAGAGAAAUUCUACACAAAAGUCUGCUGCAAAGGAGAAGCAGACUGCAGAGUUUGGUAACUCAACAUAAAGACUUUGAUGCAGGCUUUGUGCCUCUGCAGAAGAAGUUAUCUACUAUCAGAGCCAAAGUAGAUCUAGAGAAUGAACCACAACCUGACCUUUUAGGUAAAGAAACACGACUCCAGAGACUACAGAUGAUCCAAGAAGAGUUGGCAGAGUUUAUAGUUCAAAUGGAAGAGCUGGAGAAUCUAGUUCAAUCUAAUCCCACCCACAGGCGUAAAAUGAACCAGCUUUCAUCUGACUAUCAGACACUGAAGAGAUCUCUGGAGAUCAUCCUGGCGCGGACUGAGAAGCACGUUCGGGAGCAUUGGACGUUCAAUAACAAACUGUCAGACCUUCAGCGGUGGAUCACAAUGACUGAACAGAAGUUGGAAUCCUAUCAGGAUGCCAGUGGGGAAAGGAACACGGCGAGCAGAGUCGCAGACCUGGAGGGGCUGCUAGCUGAAUUCCCAAGCAAAGAGAUCCAGUUGCACCUUGUUGGGGCUCAUGGCCAGCUGGUGAUUGAGAGUUCUUCCCCAGAGGGGGCAGCACAUGUCCAUACUGAAAUGAACCAGCUGACAGAAUCUUUGAGAUCACUCAAAAAAAUGACAAUCAGCCUCCUCAGCAGCAUGCAGCCAAAUACAACAGUGGUUGAUACGGGGAAGAAUAUAACCAUUGUGGGUAAGACACUGACGACUGGGUUUGCCUUCGGCUCUUCAGCGGUAACUCUCAAGCACGCCCAGACAAAAGUGAGCAAAGAGGAAGAGAACAGUCACCUCCUUAAACUCAUGAAGGACUUUGAACAGUGGUUACAUGUAGAAAAUGACAAACUGAGCAAGAUUCUUGUCACGAAACCCUCCAGUUGUGAAGAAGUUAAAGCAAUACACAGCAAGCUAAAGGAGCUGCAGUCUCGUGUUCCUGAGGGGCAACGUCUUUUCGAAGAUCUCCGUAGUCUUCAGACAGUUGUUGGGACCUCUGAAGAUGUGGAGGACCUGCGUUAUCAAUGGAUGCUCUACAAAUCUAAACUCAAAGACUCCAGCAGCUCAUUGACUCCUAGAUCUUUGGAAGAACCCGAUGGAUUCAGAAAGAGACGUCCAGGGGGGAUGUGUCCUUUCCUGCACCGCGUGUGCUGGGCAGCACUGCCACUGCAGAUACUCCUUCUGUUCUUGCUGCUCCUGGCGUUUCUGCUCCCCUUGGUGGAGGAGACCCACAGCUGCAAGUUUGCCAACAACUUUGCCCGCUCCUUCAACUUGAUGCUGAGAUACGAAGGCCCUCCUCCAACUUAACUCCUCUACAGGCACGUGGCAAGAAGUGACUGGCUUAGACAUCCAGGCUGCUUUUUCCUGGGUGUCUUGACUAUUGCUAGUCCUUUAAAUCUAGGGCUUCUAACAUGGCCACCAGAUUAACUGGAAACAUCAUCAAAUAAACGCAGCAUAAGGUUAGUCCAUAUAAAUCAGGUAUUAAC